UAAAAUUAUUAUAAUUUCUAAAUAUUAUGGGAAUUAUUACCAUAAUAUUAUGAUAAUCAUUCCCAUACUAUUAUGGUAAUAAUUCCCAUACAUCAUGGGAAUGAUUACCAUAAUACUAUGGUAACCAUUACCAUAAUAUUAUGGUUAUGUUUACCAUAAUAUUAUAGGAAUAGUUGGCAUAAUAUAUAGGGCUUAUUCCCAUAUACACUUAGGAACCAUUACAAUGUGGUUAUAGGGUUGGUUACUAUUUGCUUAUGGUAACUAUUCCUAUGAGUAUGGUAAUCAUUACCAUGAUUCUUUCACAUGUGAUAUGGGAACUGUUACCAUAAUGAUAGGAAUUGUUCCCAUACUUAUGGGAACUUUUCUCAGAAUGUAUGGGUCUAUAUCCCAUAAUCCCAAGUAAUCAUUACCAUAACGGUAUGGGAUGAUAUUUCAUAAACGUACUCGGAACAGUUACCAUAAUUUUCUCUCCGUGUACGUAUUUAUUCUUCUAUAAUUCAAUAAAAUCAACCAGCGAUUUAAGUGUGUUUAGUAAUUGCUUCUAUGUAUUGAUUGUAUUUUGAUAACUGUAUGAAAAAAAUGAUGAAGCAAAAGAGUUUAAUCAGGUUUGAAAAUUUCAGUCGUAGAUUUUUUUCAAAGCUUAUGAAAAUUCAUUACACAUGACUAUUGUAUAGUUUAUUAAAUUUUUCAGGUAUUCGACUACUGUCGGAUAUUUUCGGGUAUUUGCCGCAAGCUAUUUGCAACACACUACUUAUAAUUACAAAGAAUAGACAUUAUAAAAAAUGAUAAGUUAUCUAUUAUUCGUAUCAGUACAUACGUGUUAAUAACUCAUGUCGCACGUAAAGUUUAGAAAAAAACAGAUCGUCAUUAGUUUUUUUCAGAAGAAUUUUCUUACGAAUAAAUUAGUCACAGGGAUUCAUAAAAAAAAAUCUAAAUGUCGGACAGUGAAAAUUCAGCUAAACGAAUACGUUUAGAUAGAUCGAGUUCGGGAUCUGCUGAUAUUUCACUGGCUCACACAAAUCGAUUAGAUGGCCGUGAUCAUAAUAAUGAUGAUGAUAAUUUAUCUAAUGAUGGCAGUCAGUCAUUAUCGUCCCUAGGUGAGGAUGACUACAAUUUAAUUAGUACUGAUGAAAGUGAAGAAAAUUUAACCAAAAAUUCACGAGAUUCUCAAGGAAGCAAAAAAUCAGAAUCCGACUCAGAAGAAAAAAAAAGUAAAGAUACAAGACUUCAAACGGCCAUUAUCAAGAAAGACAUAGAGUUGGUUAAAGAAAUUCUGAGUUCCGGAGUCGAUAUUGAUGCACCUGGUGAACGAAACCAUACAGCACUGCACUUGGCUGUUUAUUUUAAUGAUCUACCAACUAUCGAGUGUCUGCUAGAAUACGGAGCCAAUAUAACAGCUUCAAAUCGGUCUCGUGAUCGAUCUGAUUACUGGGGAACUCCAUUACACUACGCAGUAAAAGUAAACCGUCUGGAUAUUGUUAAAUUACUCUUAACAACUCAGGUAGACGUGAAUAAAUUAAUGAAAAACUAUGAUGUGGUCUUGAAUUUCGCAUUUCAACAUAAAAAUUAUAAGCUAAUAAAAUGUUUAACCGGCAACACUGAAAAUGACACCUUAAUGAAAAAAGCAUUGAAUACUUUUUCAACCCAAGCGUUGCUAAAAAUGGGUUACGGUGAAGAUUCAAUCGCUUCAAUUUUUGGAAAAUAUUUUGACAUAAAUGUCAUUGAUAGCGAUAAUCAUACCCCACUGUCACUGGCAGUUAAAAAUAAAAAUAUCGAUAUGGUUGAGUAUUUAUUGGACAAUGGAGCGGAUAUAAAUUCGAAAAAUUAUUUUGGCGGUUUUUCUGAUUGGACUGCGUUAGAUACUGCAGUUGAAAUCAAUGACGAAAAUAUAGUACGGUUUUUAUUAAAUAAUAAAAAUUGUCAUGUCAUUACGAAAAGGGCAUAUUACUAUACACCACUUCUAACGGCAACUCAGAAUAAUAAUUUAAGAAUCGUAAAAAUGCUGGUUGAAAAAAUCGCACAGCAUGAUUCGUGUGGUAAAGACAUGACUAAUCAUGUACUACCAUCUUUCCAUAGAGCUGUUAAACAUAAUUUAAUGGAGAUAGCGAAAUAUUAUUUGGACACUUUUAAUAUUGACGUUAAUACGAAAUCAGGAGCUGGUUUGAGUCCAUUAGACAUCGCUGCAAAUGAAAAUAAAUUGGAAAUGUUCAAAUUAUUAGUGGAUUAUGGAGCCGAAAUUAAGUAUUCCCUAAAAGAUAGAUAUGAAGGAUAUCACCAUGGAGGAUGCCCAUUAUAUUAUGCAGUAGAAAAAGGAAAUGCUGAGAUGGUAGAUAUAAUUUUAAACAGAGGUACUCGAGUCGAUGAUGUCAAUAAGACAGUGAAUGGAAAAACGAUACUGCACUUGGCUGUUCAUUCAGGAAGUAAGGACAUUAUUGAAAGACUAUUGGAUCGCGGUGUUGAUAUAAAUAGCAAAUGUAACAUAGAAAAGUAUAAAGAAAUAACACCGUUACUUUAUGCUGCUAUUCGGAGAUCAAAUGAAAUUGUUUCAAUGCUGAUCGAAAAAGGUUGUGAUAUAAAUGAAUUGGUUUCGAUAGGAUCUAAACGCAUAUAUAUAAUUGAUAUCGUUCUUAAAUAUUACUGCUGUGAUGAUUUUUUCAAGACAUUAUUAAAUUCAGGAGCUGACAUUAAUUUUUCGAAAAUUAAUAAUUCUAGGUUGUCGGAAGAAAAGUCAAAGAUAGUUGAGCAACAUUUGCUUAAAUUAAAAGCUGCGAAAUUAUUUGUCCAUCAUAAAUUUCGUAGUUGGGUCAGCCGUGGAAAAGCAAAAAAAGUAUUUUACAUUAAAUGUAAAAAAAAAGUCCUAAAGAUGAAAGAAAAAAUAAUUAAUGAGAGUACUAUUUGUUAUUAUGAUUUGCUAAUUAAGAGGGUCGAUCAGGUGGCAAUGUUUGCAGAUAAUAAAGAUAUUAACGAGGUUCUGGAGUUCGGUAAACUCGAGGCAAAAUUUCCGAUCUACGCAGAGAUGCUGCUUUAUAGUUUCAAAAGAGGACAGAAGCGUCAUCAACUGUUGAAGGAGGCUGAAAAGAUGCUGAAGGAUAUUUUUAUUGAUUUGCCCUAUGAUUGUGUGCGAAAAAUUUUAAUGUAUUUGAAUAACGAUGAUUUAUUGAGGUGCGCAGCAAAAAUAAUUCCCUAAUUCAUAAUUGAUAAGAAAAAUUUUAUUUAACUAAAUAUCUAUAUUCGUUUAAUGAAAAUUUAAUAAAACGUAAUUAGAAAUCUAAAAUCUGGAAAUUCGGUUAGUACUGCCGAGCCUUAAACACUUUCGAACACCCCGCACGAAAAAAUAUAUAUCCCGGCAAAAUAGUAUACAUCCGGCUUAUAUCUUUAGUAUUGCCGUAUAUAUGCCAUUUUGCCGGCAUAUAUUCCCGGAUUUAUCUUUUUCCGUGUGGGAAACUCAGUAUAACAACAAUUUCUGUAUUUUUAAAUUUAACAUAAUAAUGAUUCACAACUUUUGAAAUCAAUAUUUAUUUAUUGCGAUUUAGAGAAAUUAAAUAAUUUAAAUCUAUCAAGAUCUCCAUUUUCCAAAGAACUUUCAACACUUUUUCUCCGUCUUUACCGCAAUCUUUAUUAUUAUGUCGAACUAUGAAAAAAUUUGGGUUGACAUUCCAGUUGGAUAAAGACGCUAAUUCUCGGAGGGUUGUUUUGAGUUUCUUGACAGAUUUAACCGAUAAAACGUACAUCGGAUAUCUUGGGUUGAAAUACGGUUGUAUAUUUUUAGCUCGCAAAUUGUCAUUAAUUACGAUAAUAGGGUAGUCCGUUUCAAAAAAAGUCACAUUGUUGCACAAAUUGUUGUCUCAGUGUAUGCAAUAUCGGUAAAAUCUUCACUGACGAAUACCGGAUUCAAUCGGUCAGCGAAACAUGAUUUCAAUAUAAAUUUCUAUUUAAUAACAGAAAAAAUGAAUAAGUUAAAACUUUAUAUAGAAUUUACUAUCAAUCAUAAAAUGUAUUAUUAUAAAUUACCAUAACUUUUGUUUAUUGAAAAAAUCCCACAUAUUUUGAUCGACGUUUUAAGUUUCUUUUACAUCAGAAGAUGGCACAGCUUGUCAGUUCUUCAAUUCAAAUGUUGAGAACUGACAAACCGGGUCACGCAGUCUGGUGGUAAAAAAUCAAACUAAUAAUAGCUUACAACAGUCAAAUAAAUUAAAAAUACACAGUAAAUACAUGUUGUCAACAUCAUCAAGAAAUUUUAUGCAACAAAUUAUUAAGAAAUAAAGAUUAAAAUAGAAGUUGGAAUAUUGACAAAACGUAAAACGUAAAAAAAAUGAGUAUUUUGUGCAAUAAGAGGUUGUCGGAGUAAACGCGGUUUCCGGAGGCUGGUGAUCGUUCAGUCUUAUUAAAAAAUUUUUUUGAUAAUUUGGGAAAAAUUCAUAAUUUAAAAACCUAGAAGAAGUUAUUAAAAAUAAAGAAAGUUGCUCCUCAAAUGAAAAUUUACUCCUUACAUUUAAAAAAAACCGAUUAUAUAUUAUUGCCAGGUACGUUUGUAAAGUUUAUCACCUAAAACUUAAA